AUGCUGAUCCAAGAGUCCCACAAAGAUGUGCCCACAAAAGCCGCAGGAGAAGGCUCAAUGCGCAUCUAUCUCUUCCACCCUACCAUACCCGGGUAUCCAAAUGCGAAGUUCCCAGGUGUGGUGGUCUUUUCUGAGAUCUAUCAAGUGACGGGUCCCGUAGCCCGAUUUGCACGGCAGAUCGCAGGGCAAGGCUACAUUGUGGCCGCACCCUCCUCCUACCACGAAUUCACCGGCCCUGAACCAUUAGCCUACGAUGUACCCGGCACCGACGCAGGAAACGCGUGGAAAAUAGCCAAGAAAGUUGCCGCGUACGAUGAAGAUGCAGAGCUGUCUGUCUCCCUCCUUCUAGGUCUCAAAACGUGCAACGGGAAGGUAGGAGCCACGGGGAUGUGCCUGGGAGGACAUCUCGCCUACAGAUGUGCACUAGACCCUAGAGUGAAAGCGGCAGUUUGUUAUUUCGCGACAGACAUCCACAGCCACAGCUUGGGCGAGGGGAAGAACGACGAUAGUCUUCAAAGAGCGGGAGACAUCAACGGCGAGUUGGUGAUGAUCUUUGGAAAGAGUGACAACCAUGUGCCGCCUGAAGGUAGGGAUCUGAUACGCAAGACAUUGCAUGAAAAAGGCGUGGACUUUUCAUUCUACGAGGUCUUUGGAGCCCAGCAUGCUUUCAUCCGGGACGAGCUCAGUAAGGGGAGGUACGACCCUGCAAUCAGCAAAGUCUGCUUUGAGAUGCUGCUGGAGGUCUUCGGAAGACGGCUGAAAUUCGAUCUGGGAGAAGCAAGUGGAGAGAAGUUGGUGAUCGAAGAUGUCUGCUAA